AUGGUGAAUGUUCCUAAAACCCACCGGACUUUCUGUAACAAGUGUGGCAAGCACCAGUCCCACAAAGUGACAGAGAAUGAGAUGGGCAAAGAUUCUCUGUAUGCCCAGGGAAAGAAGUGCUAUAAUAGGAAGCCAAGUGGCUAUUGUGGGCAGACUGAGCCCAUUUUCAGGAAAAAGGCUAAAACUACAAAGAAGAUUGUGCUGAGGCUUGAGUGCAUUGAGCCCAACUGCAGAUCUACAGAAGUGCUGGCUGUUAAGAGAUGCAAGGAUUUUGAACUGGGAGGAGGUGCAAAGACAAAGGGCCAAGCGAUCCAGUUCUAA